AGUGUGAAGCCGCACAAACAGGUCGUUUUCUUUUCCAGAAACAGAACAGACUGCGUUCGUGCCUGAAAAUAAGAGAAGGGAAAGUAAGUAUGAAAGGAUAAAAAGGAGAGUUAAUUAACAGAGAGCUGGCGUUCACCACGAAAGGCGUCCCCAUGCGCCGAAAGGGAGCUGCUCUGAUUUUAUUGAUAAUAUAAUUAGCCAGAUGGGACUCGCUGGAUUGAUGGACUGAACCGGGGCAAAGGGGCUUUUUCUCCUUUUUUUAUGCUGCUUUGAAACAUAGAAGAGCGAGCGAUUAAAAACAAUCCUCCAGCUUGGAAGUGCUGAGUGUACGCACGUACAGAAGCAGGAUUGUGGACUUCUUUCACUAUUGACUCCGGCACUGUGGGGGUCCAUAUGAGCACAGCUGCCGAUGGCCUGCAUCCAUGAGACCCGAGCUCCCUCCCCUUCACUCUCGGGCUUCAGUACACCUCUUUCGGAGCCCCCUUUCCGCAGGCUAGAUGACACCCCAGCCUGCACCCCAGAAAAGGACCUGACCCCUACACAGUGUGUGCUACGCAACGUUCUGCCUAUUGACUCAGGGGGCACAGGUUGCGGAAACACCUGCAGCCACAGCCCAACAGCCAGCGAUGAGCAGACGGAGCAUUUUGCCAACAGCGUGCUGAAGCUACAUGAACAUGAGUCGGGUGGCACAGCUGGGGCAGAGGCAGGGCAAAGUGCAGAGUGUGGGGCCGGGCGGUACCAGGCAGACGAUGUUCGACUUCAGUGCCAGUCAGGUGGGGGAUUCCUGGAGGGCUUGUUUGGAUGCUUGAAACCCGUCUGGACGAUGAUCGGAAAGGCUUAUUCUACGGAUCAUAAGCACCAGGAAGAGGAACGGUGGGAGGUGCCAUUUGAAGAAAUCUCAGACUUGCAGUGGGUGGGCAGUGGUGCCCAGGGCGCAGUCUUCCUCGGAAAGUUUCACGGUGAGGAGGUGGCAGUGAAGAAGGUCAGGGACCUGAAGGAGACGGACAUCAAGCACCUGCGCAAGCUGAAGCACCCCAACAUCAUCACGUUUAAGGGUGUGUGCACUCAGGCUCCCUGCUACUGCAUCAUCAUGGAGUACUGUGCCCAGGGGCAGCUCUAUGAGGUCCUGCGCGCUGGCCGAAAAAUCACCCCCUCGCUCCUGGUGGACUGGUCGAUGGGCAUCGCUGGGGGCAUGAACUAUCUGCAUCUGCACAAGAUAAUCCACCGCGACCUCAAAUCACCCAACAUGCUGAUCACCUACGAUGACCUUGUCAAGAUCUCAGACUUUGGAACUUCCAAAGAGCUAAGCGAUAAAAGCACCAAGAUGUCAUUUGCUGGCACGGUGGCAUGGAUGGCACCUGAAGUGAUCCGUAAUGAGCCUGUCUCUGAAAAGGUGGACAUCUGGUCCUUCGGGGUUGUCUUGUGGGAGAUGCUGACAGGAGAGAUCCCUUACAAAGACGUCGACUCGUCAGCCAUCAUCUGGGGCGUUGGAAACAACAGCUUACAGCUGCCCAUCCCCGAAAGCUGCCCCGACGGCUUUAAAAUUCUCCUGCGGCAGUGCUGGAACUGCAAACCGAGAAACAGACCCUCAUUCCGGCAGAUCCUGCUGCACCUGGACAUCGCUUCUGCUGACGUGCUGUCCACCCCGCAGGAGACCUACUUCAAGUCCCAGGCCGAAUGGCGAGAGGAGGUGAAGCAGCACUUCGAAAAGAUCAAAUCCGAAGGGACGUGUCUCCAUCGCCUGGAUGAGGAGUUGAUUAACCGGCGCCGUGAGGAGCUCAGGCACGCGCUGGACAUCCGAGAGCACUACGAGCGGAAACUGGAGAGAGCUAACAACCUGUACAUGGAGCUGAAUGCUGUGAUGCUGCAGCUGGAGCUCAAAGAGCGGGAGCUGCUCAGGAGGGAGCAAUCUCUGGAUAAGAAGUAUCCCGGGCUUUUCAAGCAUCACCCUUCCCGGUCCGGAAGUUCAACCAACUCCAUGGAGAAGCUCAUGAAGAAACGCAAUGUUCCCCAGAAACUUCCCUCCCAUAGUAAACGCCCGGACCUCUUGAAGUCUGAGGUGAUCCUCCCUAAGCUGGACUCCUCGAUGACACAAGUCACCAUUCCCGCUUGUCCCAACAAAGGCUCCACAUCACCAGGGAGGUCCCGUCGAGGGAAGCCUCGGUACCGCAAAGCUGGCAAGGGGAGCAGCGGAGACUUGGUGGGUCUGAGGACUGCCUUGUCACCCAACUGCCGGGAUGCCAUUCUGCCAGUCAAGGAGGCAGACCCCGGCCUCAGGGAUGGGAGUGCAGUGUCACCUAAUGGACAAGAUGCCAGUCAAGCAAACAAACACCUCGACUCCGAGUCAAUGACAAGGGCUACUGUCUCUCCGGCUUACCGUGAUAUCACUCUGCCCUCUAAACACCUGGACCCCAGUGCGGCACUCCGAGGGCUGCAGCAUGACAUCCUACUGAAAAAAAUGUCCUCCUCCAGCCCCGAUCUUAUCGCCACCACCCUGGAAGCUGACAGCAGAAAGCACGAUGAAAGCAGCAUGGACUGUAACAGCUUGAGUGCAGGAGCGGGUCUGGACAGGGCAGAAGGUGGAGGAGGAACUGACGACCUAAUAGAGACCCCACCUCGCAGUGACACCCCCAGUGAAGAUGCCGUCUCCAUCCCUUUCUCCAGUAGCCCAGAUUCACCAUGCGGGAGGGGUGGAGCUACGGGGCGGGGCACAGUGCUGGGGCAGCCACGCCUCCCCAUGGAAGGAGAAGAAAAGGAGGACUGCCCCGGAGUGAGCCGGGUGGUUCGAGGAGGCGUGCAGCAGCACCUCACCCCCGCAGCUCUGCUGUAUCGCUCAGCAGUAACCAGGAAGCAGAAGCGGGGUGUCUCUUCCGAAGAGGAGGAGGGUGAAGUCGACAGCGAGGUAGAGUCUCCACGACGUCAGAGGCGGCCAGCAGGGAUGACUAAGUGCCAGUCUCUGUCCACCUUCAGCUCAGAGAACUUGUCCGUGUCAGAUGGGGAAGAGGGCAACACCAGUGACCACUCCCACAGUGGCACUCCUGACGUUGUCAGCACCAAUACAGAUGAAAGGCUGGAUGACAAAUCCGAUGACCUGUUGUCUCAGAGCUCUGAGAUUCCAGUGGAUGCUCUUCAGCAGUCAGACGGGCUGUCCGAGAAGGAAGCGAUGGUGCGGGAGGUGAAGACGCAGCUGAGCACAGAACAAAGCGCUUAUGAGAUUCCCUCAGUUUAUGAUGACUCGGACUGCGACAGUACAGAAUUGGACCACUCGGGCAGUACGGAUAUCAACCGCCUGCCAAACACGGCGACCUGGUGAUACCUGCAAGAAGCCCUAGUCCAUCCUGCUCCUCCUCCCACCACUACCACCACCACCACCACCUGCCUGUAUAUAAGCCCAUUACAGGGGCCACCACACCACUCCACCAAAGGAUCUCCACCUCUCUUUUUUUCCUUGGGGGUUCGUUUUGAAUCAAUGGCUUAAGUUCUGUACUUAUUUUUCCAAUGAAUGUAUGGAGGUAUUGAACUGGUUUUAAGUACUUCACACAAAAUGACUAGUCAGCCAAUAUGGCAACCGAGUGAUCUUCAUGGCUCUAAGUGUUGAAAUGCCUAACCCCUACAGGAUACACAACUCAAAGUCUUUGCACUUGUUUCCUUGAAAAAGUUUGCAUUCACCUAUUGUAAUGAAUUCUCACCAUCAUAGGGUUGGUCUCUAAUGUCCACACACUUGACCGCAAAAGAAUGAGGCCAACAUAAAAAUUCAACGAAAUGUCACUGGGCUGUAUCAACACGGUGGAAAGUAAGAUGGAUGACAGCAUUGUGCUCGAAUUGAGGAAAGGAUCAGAAGUUCUUGGGUAGACCAGAGAACACAAGACUGAGUUACUUUAGGGAAAGUCCAUCCAUGGUCUCCAAUCGUGUUAAGGAUCAGAAGCUCAUGGGCAGGCCAUAGAACAAAAGACAGAGUUCCUUUUGGAAAGUCCAUCCAUGGUCUCCAAUUGAGGAAAGGAUCAGAAGCUCUUGAGCAGGCCAGAGAACACAAGACUAAGUUCAUUUUGGAAAGUCUGUCCACGAUCUCCAUAGUAUCAGUUCUGUUGAUCAAGGUCAAAGUGAAACUCUCUGGUUGGAGCCAUUCAUUAUUGUACUUGAUGCUCUCCUCCACCUUGGAAUAUCAAGUUGGCUGUCCUCAACUCUUUUUUUUUUCUUUUUUAAGACAUUCCAAGCCACAAGCUUUGGUGGGUACGACCCCACAAGUCCCCAGAUGUCAUUCUCAAUAAGGACUACCGUUGGUCAUUUUAUGGUUCCAAUGGAUUGUGUUUGUAAGAAGGUUUGGAAAUAAGAGGGAGGCCAUUUAGUCCUUCAAAAUUUUUUAAUAUCUCAGGGUUUGGGUAGGGGAUUCUCUUCAGCUAAAUGAAUAAGAUGUUUGCUUCAGAUUCCCAUUAACUCUCAACAAAAUGCUUCCUAGCUUUUAUUUGAGAUACACUUCCAAUAGUAAACUCCAAUCUGCGAUUCACCGAUCAACAUUCACAACUCACAGAAUUUGAUAAUCAGUUGACCGUAAUCUUCACCUGGGCUCAGUGUUGAGCGCUUAUCCCCUCGUGCUAAGGUGGACAGAUGACAGCUUGUAAUGUCAUUAUUUAAAAAAUGGUUCAACAAAAUGAAUUGGGUGUCCAUGAAAAAUGGAAAGAGAUGGGAGGGGAGUGGUCAUCAACUUCAUCAUACCAAGAACAACAGCCUGAGUGUGUAGAUGAAGAAGUAGUUGGAAUUUAUAAAGUAAGUCAAAACAGCAUUGGGACAAAACCGUGUGAAUGUAGGAAUUGGGGAGGCCUAAUGUAAUAGGAAACUAAACAAAGCAAAGCUUAGAAAUGGCGAGAACCACAGGGGUAGUCAUGUAUAGACAAGUCUAUGGAAAUAGGGCUCCACUGAGCCUUGCAGGGCAGGAAGGGAGGCCUAGAGAAUGGCAUCACCUCGCUUCAGACAGGACGGUACCCACCCCUUAAAGGAAUGCCCUUAGUCCUACUUGAACCUCUAUAGUAGAUUUGAAAGCUGGAGUUCAGGGGUAUAUAUUCAAAAUGAAAGAGAAGAUGUCAAAAAUUAAUUUCA